CAGAUCGAGGAGCCUCUGGCUCUGGCCAGCGGAGCGUUACCCGACUGGUGUGAACAGCUCACCUCCAAGUGUCCUUUCCUCAUCCCCUUCGAAACCCGACAGCUCUACUUCACCUGCACCGCCUUCGGAGCGUCCAGAGCGAUCGUGUGGCUGCAAAACCGACGGGAGGCGACCAUGGAGCGCUCUCGGCCGUCCACGACAGUGCGGCGGGACGAUCCUGGAGAGUUCAGGGUGGGUCGCCUCAAACACGAGCGAGUGAAAGUCCCCCGUGGGGACGCCAUGAUGGAGUGGGCGGAGUCUGUCAUGCAGAUCCACGCUGACCGGAAGUCCGUGCUGGAGGUGGAGUUUCAGGGGGAGGAGGGAACAGGCCUCGGUCCGACUCUGGAGUUUUACGCUCUGGUGGCUGCAGAGUUUCAGAGAACGUCUCUGGGAAUCUGGUUGUGUGACGACGACUUCCCCGACGACGAGUCACGACAGGUGGACCUGGGCGGGGGUCUGAAGCCUCCUGGUUUCUACGUGCAGCGCUCCUGCGGUCUGUUCGCUGCCCCGUUCCCUCAGGACAGCGAAGAGCUGGAGCGCAUCACCAAGCUGUUCCACUUCCUGGGCGUCUUCCUGGCCAAGUGUAUCCAGGACAACCGGCUGGUGGACCUGCCCGUGUCCCAGCCGUUCUUCAAGCUGCUCUGCAUGGGAGACAUCAAGUCCAACAUGAGCAAGCUGCUGUACCAGUCCCGCAGCUCGCCGCAUGGUCACGACCCCGACCGGCCCUACCUGCAUCCCUUCCUGCUGCUGUCUGAGGUGCAGUCGGAGGCGUCCACCGAGGAGAGCCAGGAGACGUAUUCUGUGGGCAGCUUCGACGAGGACUCCAAGUCCGAGUUCAUCAUGGACCCACCCAAACCCAAACCACCGGCCUGGUACCACGGCAUCCUGACCUGGGACGACUUCCAGCUGGUCAACCCGCACAGAGCCAGUUUCUUAAAGGAGGUGAAGGAGCUGGCGGUGAAGAGGAGGCAGAUCUUGGCGAGUAAGAGUUUGUCUGAGGACGAGAAGAACACCAGACUGCAGGACCUGAUGCUGAGGAACCCGCUCGGCUCCGGACCCCCCCUCAGCAUCGAGGACCUCGGGUUAAACUUCCAGUUCUGUCCGUCCUCAAAGGUUCACGGUUUCUCUGCAGUGGAUCUCAAAACCAACGGAGACGAUGAGGUAAAGACGAGCGUCUGGAUGCUGACGCGCAGGAG